AUGCCUCCUCCUCCACCACCUCCACCACCUCCGCCCCCAGGUGCUGGAGGCCCUCCUCCUCCUCCUCCUCCUCCUCCCGGCGGUUUGCCUGCCCGACCGCCAGCUGGCGCAUUAGGCAGGGGCGCUCUACUUUCAGAUAUUUCCAAGGGAAAGGCGCUGAAGAAAACCGUAACGAACGACAGAUCAGCCCCCCAGGUGGCAAACAAUACAUCCUCCUCAUCAGGUCCUCCAGUGGGAGGUGCGCCCCCGAUUCCCGUCCUUGGCGGAGCACCGAAGCCACCGGGUGGUUUGGCCCCCCCAGUGCCGGGCAAUCGAGCGAGAAGCAAUAGUGACCAUGGUUCCGCUCCGGCCGCACCGAGUGUUGAUCCAGCACCACAACUGGGAGGUCUCUUCGCCGGGGGCAUGCCCAAGCUGAAGAAGAGGGGAGGAGGAAUUGAUACAGGGGCGAAUGCAGACUCGUCAUACCUCUCUGAUCCCGGGGAAUCAAAUUCGUCUGCCCCAAGGCCGCCCAUCGGUUCUGCGCCAAAGCCUCCGACCAGCUUUGCGCCAGCUGUUCCUGGGAGACCAAAACCGCCAGCAAUAAAGAAACCUCCUCCGCCAAUAGGGAAGAAACCACCGCCACUCCCAACAUCCCGCAAACCGUCUUCUUUGGCCUCGCCUUCACCCACAUUGGCACCUCCGCCUCCGCCCACCGCCUCACCUCUCGCUCCUCCUCCGCCACCUCCAUCUUCAGCUCCAGCAGCACCUCCUCCUCCUCCGCCCUCAGCGGUGCCUCCUAGGCCAAUCCCCUCCCCAGUAUCACGAGCGCAGCCCCCACCACCGCCACCGCCCCCGCCUGCUGCUGCUCAUCCCUCUGCCUCUCUCGCUACCCAGGCCGCGAUUCGAGCUGCAAGCCAGACAUCAUCUCCAAACUCAGCACCUCCGGCACCGCCUCCACCACCGCCAUCAGCAGCACCAGCUCCCCCAGCUGCUCCAGCGCCGCCUGCACCAAACUCACCACCGCCACCAUCGGUGUCAGGCCGAUCUCGGGGAUCCUCCCUCCGGCAGACAAUGCUCGAUCCCAGUGCGUUCACCCUUAGUGCCAACGGCUCCAAAUCUCCAAGCCCCACGCCCCAGCACAGUCUUAGCCCAAGUAGCAGUGCUGUUGGAGGUGGGUAUGGCAGAUUUGUUGUCGCUGAUAAUAGGUGGGUAUUCAAAGACGAAAGCCUACUUCCCAAACCUAGGGACUUUAUCAAGCGUCCUAGAAAUUACAGAGCCGGCCGGGGCAGCAGUGUGCCAUUGGAUUUAAGUGCCCUCUAA